GAAUAUAUGGUGACUUGUUUUACAAAAGUUUACAGGAUCACCACAAGGACUAAACAAAGAGGCAAAACAUCUCUUUCAAACGACGAGCAUGGCCGAUUCUCAGAAUGCCGUUACCAGACUGGUACAAAAAUCACUCGAAGCGACACCAUAUGCCUGCAAAAGCCUCAUACCACUUUCCGGGGGUAGUUCAAAUUAUCUUUACCAUGGAACUUUAAUGGAAACUCUUCCUGAUGGUACCGCAAUUGUGAUAAUCAAGCACACUGAGCCUCAUUUGUUUUCCAACAAAGAUUUCAAGCUAACUACCACACGAACUUUCUAUGAAUCACAAAUUCUCAAAUACCUCGCAGCUUUCCCGGCCCAGUCCGUUUCUUACAAUAACAUCACAAUUUCGACCCCCAAGCUCCUCCAUUAUGACCCCGGUACCAAUACACAGGUACACACCCAUCACCCUUCUCCAACUUGUACCAAUCUCAAGUCUUACGUUCUAAAAUACCACACUGCUAUAACUCCCUCCAUCGCCUCCAUUAUCGGUCACUCGCUUGGAAACUGGCUUGAGAAAUUCCAUAAGUGGGCCAACUCUCCAGCACAGAAUGAAGUGCGAGAAGUCAUGGAGGGAAACCAUGCUAUGAAGACUCUGAAGCUGGCGAUCAAUUAUACGAAUCUAGUCACGAGGAUUGAUAGCUUCCCAAAGAUUCUAGGAGGGAGUAGGGAUGUGUUUGAAAGUGUAGAGAAAGAAAUGCUGGCAUGGAUAAACGGUGGUGGAGAGGGGACUAGAGAGUUAAUUCACGGGGAUUUCUGGUGUGGAAAGUAAGUUUCUUCAUUGAUGGUUGACAGUCAAGGUUGUCAAUAUGGUAGUCACGGUCACGUGAUUGCAGUCUUAUCAUAUGGGUGCAAAGCUCCAUUCAUGGGCAACAGGCCCAAGUUUUAAUGGUAACAUGGAGUAUUCAGAUGUUCUUUUACCAGACGCACUCCUAUCCCCCAGCACACCAGCAGCUAUCUUCAUAACUGACCACGAACUAUCACAUCUCUCGACCCCAAUUUUUGACCUAGCUCAGAUGUGCGCGGAACUGCACAUGCUCACAUACUUUAAAUCUAUUCCAGCAGGCAGAGAAAUCCUUACGGCAUUCAUAGAAGGAUAUGGAUUGAUUGAAGAGGAUAAGCGAUGGAGGAUAUUGAUCUACAUUGGAUGUCACCUGAUAUGCUGGGGAUCCAGAACUGCAGGUUGGGGAACAGUGGAACAGGUAGAGGGGUGUGUGGAACUGGGUCGAGACUUGGUAGUCAACGGCUGGGAGAGGAAUAGGGAGUGGUGCAUGAGGGAGGGGUGGGCAUUUCUAAUUGAAGAUUAGAUUCGCAACAAAUAUCAAUUGUGAGCUAUAGAAAGAGGUAUCAACUUCUUACUACUUCAAAUAAUAGUAAGUUGUAGUAAGUUUACGCAAUCCUUGAUAAUCUUACUGUCUGUGAUGAUAGUAGUACUAUAUAUAUGUACACGAAAAAAAGACUACAUUUAGUGAGAUCUGAUUCAAGUGAUCUAAUAAGUCAUCUAUCUAAUUAACUCA